GUGCCGAAUUCCCACUUCCUAGUUGGAUGAAUGAGAGUUAGUGUUAGCAUUACUCGUAAGUAGAGAACCCACAAAUUUCCGCGAGUUUACCGUCAAUGCCUCUACAUUGGAAAGUAUGGACUACAUACUUUACGUCUGAAUUAAUCCGCUCGUUUAUCAUCAAAAAAAUUUUGUUCAUAGCAUUUGUCUCUGAAACGAUCAUCCGUUAAACUACUGUACUGGUAGCUAACUGGCUAAUGCUGUUGAAGAUUAUUUACGAUGGUGAGCUUAUAUAAACUGUAAACAAUCGAUUGGACUAGAUAUAUUAUCGUAAUAUCGGGUAAAAUGUCAAAUGACUUGUCCCUCCACCCGACAGACGUCGUUAUGUUAAAUGUACCAAUUAUCCGCCAGUUGUACCACUGGGACUGCGGUUUAGCGUGUUCUAAAAUGGUAUUAAAAAUAUUUCUCAAAUUUCCCAGAUAUCUACAUCCAGUGAGUGAAGAUGAGUUUCGGAGAGCCUGCUGUGAACUGAAAUUGACAGAAAGUGUGUGGACCAUUGACCUUGCUUAUCUCAUGGGCCAGCUAGGCGUAAAACACUGUUUCUGCACACAGACAUUAGGGGUAGACAAGGGGUUUAAAAACCAGUCAUUCUACAAAAAGCAUUUUGAUUCAGAAGAGGACCGAGUAAAUGAACUCUUUCUGAAAGCAGAGAGCAGAGGCAUAAUGGUAAAGAAAUGCUCUGUGCCUGUUCAGGAGAUCCAGUCUCAUCUGAACCAUGGACAUGUGGCCAUUGUGCUGGUAAAUGCUGUAGUGUUAAUGUGCGAACUCUGCUCCACUUCAGUCAAGUACUGCUGCUUUCUACCUGUGAAUCAGAAGUGUUUCUGCAGUACACCUGAUUACCAAGGCCACUUUGUGGUUGUGUGUGGAUUUAAUCGUACUGCUGGGUGCAUUUUCUAUAACAAUCCUGCUUAUUCUGACCGUGUCUGCUGCACAAGCAUUAGCAAUUUUGAAGAGGCAAGAAUGAGCUAUGGAACAGAUGAGGACAUACUUUUCAUCUUCAAGGACAGCUGAUCACUAGAUGGACUUUUUUCUUUUGUGUCAUGGUGAGGUUUUUUUUUUGUAGGCAUAUAAUAUAAAUAUAAUAUAAACAUGAUUAUAAUUUAAAAAAAUAGGGCAGCCCUCCAGAAACUAUAUAGCUCACACUCAUGAGCAAACAACUCGACAUAUAAACAGACUUAAAAUAGCUGAAAUAUAGUUCCAUGAUGUUGCACAGAAAAUGGAAACUAAAAUGCACAAUAGCGCACACUAAUGUACAAUAAUUAACGCAAAAGCUACAUGUAUAUACAAAUGUUCAAAUAUGUGUAUAUAUGCACAAUUGGUACCAUUGUUCUGAAAUACUCAUUCUGUUGAUGUGAAAAUAACUGAAGCUCUACCCAUGUAUCUAUGUUUUAUGCAUUUCACUGCAGCCACAUGAUUGGAUAAAUGCAAGUAUCUUAUUAAAGUGUCUGCUAAUUGUAUUCUUAUUCAGGUUGAAAGGUGCAUAUAUUAGAGGUCUGAAUUGCAAAAAAAUAGUGCUAUCUUCUUGUGUUAUUUUAUAUUAAUUUAUUAUUCUAUGCCUAGAUGGAUACAAAUUACUGCAUUAUUUUUUUAAGUGUGUUGUGAUCAUCUGAAACUAUUAAUUACACUUGGCAUUUACACAUUUGUGCACUGUAAGAUACUGUAUACUUGUGCGUUUUCUGAUUGUAUUUGUCAUUUUGUUACACUUUAAUUUAGCUUAUUAGAUUCAACCUGUGAGUUGAAUUCUGUUUACAAAGUUUUAUUUUCUAUUUCACAAAAUCUAUAUAUACAUUUUCAGCCAUUUUGCUGAAUCACAUUAUCAGAAUUAAUUUAUUACACAGUUAACAAAGCCCCAGUAAAAAAUCAGCUAAUGUAAUAUUUCACAAUUUCUAAGAAAUUAGUACACUUUAAGCAAGUGUUGUUAAUGUAAUCAUUACUUAUUACAACCAUCAACAAACAGCAGUGGCCUUUUUUUAAAAGAACAUUUGUUUUUAGGCCAAGGGGUGAAAAUGCUAUGCAUGAUAUAAUGACGGGAGGUGCAUUUAUCAUCAAGCAUUUUACGCCUGCAAAUGCCUGUCUGUUCAAAUCUGUAUGUGCCUUUUUUUACAUUCUGUGGAUUAGAAUUUUAUACAAUAAAAUCGUUUAUUACA